UACAAUUUUAACAAACACAUCGUCUCUUAAUUUUGCUAUUUGUGCUCUCGUAAUUAUUAUUCGAUAUUAUUAUCACUUAUCAACAAACUUUAUACAAUCUUAAUUUUGAAUUCGAAUUCUUUGUUUUGAAUUAACGAAUUUAUUUUGUUUAUAUCAACGCGGUUUUAUUGUGCUCUAAUUUCUUUACAUUUUUGUUGUAAAUUUGUUUAUUUUAUUUGUUCAAAAUUACUUCAACCACGGAAACAAUGGAAUUAUCAACAAUUAACUACAGCAAGUUCAUUAACACAGUUAACAGCAGAAGAAGACCUAUGAUAACCAGAGAAUUAACAAAACAAGUCUAUAAUGCUACAGGUCCAGUAAUUUCUUUAGCCGAAGGUAUGCCAAAUGCUCAAACCUUUCCAUUUGAUUCUAUUAACUUCUCUCUAAAAGAUGGUAGCAGCUUUAGUAUUGAAGGUGAAGAAUUGGACAUGGCUCUACAAUAUCUUCCAACGCAAGGACAUCCAAAAUUAAUAAAAUGUUUAAAAGACUUCCACUGUCGAAUUCAUAGGCCGCCUGUUUGGCAUCGCAGCGACCUGAUAAUUACAAAUGGCAGUCAAGAGGGAAUUAGUCGAGUUAUUGAAAUGUGUAUAGAAGAAGGCGAUUCAGUUAUCGUUCAAAAUCCAUUGUAUUCUGGUACUGCAAUCAUUUUAAAUCCGUAUAAGCCUGAAUUGAUUCCCAUUGAUCAAGAUGAAUUUGGAAUAAAACCAACAAUGCUUCGUAGAGUUCUUAAACAACGAAAAAAGCUCUCUAUGACAAACAAAAACAUUAAAAUGCCGAAGCUAAUGUAUUUAAAUCCGACUGGUGCAAAUCCGACAGGAACGGUUAUGACACUCGAACGAAAACAAGCCGUAUAUAAAAUUGCAUGCGAGUAUAAUAUCCUGAUUCUUGAAGAUGAAGCAUAUCAAUUUUUACAUUUCAUGGAACAUAUUCCACCUAGUUUCCAAUCCAUGGAUACGGAAGGUCGUGUUCUUCGAUUUGAUUCAUUGUCAAAAAUUGUUAGUUCUGGAUUACGUAUAGGAUGGGUGAGCGGUCCAAAAGAGUUAAUUCAUGCUAUUGAACUACAAAUGCAAGCGGGAUGUUUACAUCCAUCCAGUUUAUCACAGACUCUAGCAUAUAAACUUCUAAAUCAUUGGGGAUAUGAUGGAUUCAUGGCUCGUAUGGAAUCAAUCCAAGAUUAUUAUCGAGUACGCCGUGAUAUCACUAUAGCUGCAAUGGAACGACAUUUAACUGGUUUGUGCUACUGGAGUGUACCCGAUGCUGGUAUGUUUGUCUGGAUCGAGGUUUUAGGAUUAACUGAUGUUUACGAUAUGUUAAUGACUUUUGGAAUCAAGAAAGGUAUUGUGUUCGUACCUGGACAUGCUUUUAUGGCUGAUUCUGAUCAAGCAUGUAAUUUCAUUCGUGCAUCAUUCUCAAAAGUUGAUCCUGAGAAAAUUGAUUCAGCCAUGGCUAGUUUAGCACAGUUAAUAAGGGAAGAGCAGGAGCGUUUGCGAUUGAAACUUGAAAAUUGUACGUAACCAAUAGAGUUUCCCCACAGUUGAUUCAUGAAUGAUAUAAUUUUCAAAUUCACAAUGGAAUUUGAUAAUAUUACUGUAUGUAAUACUUCGCUCUGCGCUCGCAUCAGCGUUAAUAUUAUUUUGUAUAUACCAGAUACAGCCAUGUACAUUGGUACAACGAAAGAGGGCUUAGAUUUAAUAAGGGUAUAUUGAAACAAAUUUAACAACCAGAUAAAACUGGUUUAUCGUAAUGUUAUUUAUAUUAGAAAAUAAAAGGUGUCACUA